UGAGGGGGACCGGGGCGGCUCCAGAUGUGGAGAGCUCGGGAGGCGAUGGGGAGAUGAGGGAGCCCACCGCGGCCCCCUCAGUUCCCGCAGGACAUGGCCAAAGGGAGACGCUUCAACCCGCCCUUAGACAAGGACGGAAGAUGGUUCCCUCACAUUGGAGUGACGCAGAAGACCCCGGAGUCCAUCACCAGCGUGACGCUCCGAGAGCCCCACAACCCCCGCUUCUCCCGGCAAAUAGAAGAGAAGCUGCCGCCCAUCUACAGAGCCCGGGAGAAGCAAGCGACCCACAACAACUUCCCCUUCUCCGUGCACGACAACCGGCACAGCCUCCGGAACUCCGGGCUCUACGUUGACUCCGCCCUGGGACGUAGGAAGGUCGCCCCGGAAAAAAGGCAACACGUUUCGAGAAAUUUCAACCUCUGGGCCUGUGACUACGUCCCGUCUUACCUGGACGGCUUUUCGAAUAACCAGAUCUCGUACGUCUGCCCGGAGGCGGUGGUGGCCCCGCGCUUCAGGCGCUUCCCCCGGCAGUACAGUGAGGUCUGGGGCACGUGGAGGUUCAUCCCCGAGCGGAGCUACGCCGAGUUCCUGAAGAAGAAGCCGAAAGUCCGGUUCGCCAUCGACAAAAAGGCCACCUCGUCCCUGGAGCCCUUGCGCCUGCGGCGGAGUCUGGAUGAGUUCUGUGAGGCGGGCCUGGCGCUGGGCAUCCCGUCCGGCACUGCCAGUGGACGUAAGGCUUGCCAGGGUUAGAGACUGGACGUGCCCGAACGCCCAGAGCACAGAGGCCCGUCUCUGCCACGGAGAGAGAGCCGGUUCUGGGACCACACCCGCCUUUAAGAUAUAUAUUUUUUAUUUUUAAUUAGGUUGAAAAGCAUUCAAGCCCUUAUCCAAUAAAAAUAUGUGAAGGUAUACACAUUUUAAAUGAA